AUGGGAGAUCAACAACCAGAGCAAGAGCCUACUAUCAAGGAACAUUGCAUCCCGAACAUCAAUGACUUACCUAUCCAUGAAUUGGGUGGUGGUGGCCGACCAUUUGGGAUCGAUACUUCAAGACUAAGGAUCUUGCAGAGUUCACCUUUCACUACCAAGGAUGAUGCUAAUCUUUAUCUACAAGCAUUUACGCAACUAAGCAACACCUUCGACGUGGAUGGAGUUACUCAAAAUCAACUAAGGACAAGGUUGUUCCCUUACUCUCUACUUGGAAGAGCGCUUCAAUGGUUUUACUCUCUACCGGUGGCAACAAUUCAGAAUUGGGAUAAGUUGAUGAAGGCUUUCUUAAUUGAACAUUAUUCGCCAACCAAGACUCAGAAUCCCAGAAGUAGGAUACCUACUUUUGCUCAAUAUACUUCCGAGACGAUUGCUGAAGCUCAUGAGCAUUUCAAUGACUACAUCCGCGCAAUUUCACACUAUAAGUACCCGAAGGAGGACCUAGUCCAGAAGUUCUAUCAAGGGCUGACACCAGCAUCAAGGGCAAUUAUCGACACAUCGGCUGGAGGAUCAAUUAUAGACCUCACCCCAACUCAAGAUUUCAAGUUAUAUAAGAAGGUUGUGGACAACGAUGCAUGGGCAUCAUCUGGGUGCCUAUUCCAAGAUCAACCUACUAGAAAUACACAAGGAGUGUUGCAGGUGGAGCGUGAUCAAUUACUCAAAAAAAAGAUGGACUCGCUGAUGAGGAGACUAGAGAAGAUGGAGAUAAAGGAAGCUCAAGCUAUAGACCUGAAGGUAGUAGAAGCAAGAUCAACAUAUGAAGAGUGUGGCGACUAUGGCCAUAUUAGGAAGAACUGUUCAGAGGAAGCAAAGUUGCUAGACUACAUGAAGAAGGGAGAGUGGUUUCCACCAUCCAACUAUCAGUAUGGACAGAAUAGACCUCAAUUCAAUGUAAGCUCAUUUAUUCAGAACAUAGUGUCUCUACGCAUUCAGCUGAAGGAGUUCAUGGAGGAGCAAGGCAAGAUCAACAAAGACACUAUCACUAAGUUCAAGGCUACGGGCAAGAUUAUGGAAAAUACUAACAGCAAAGUGACAGAGGUCGGAAGUUCAACCCACCAAGUGAUGAACAUGAUGAAGAUGCUAGAGACUAAAGUUACAUAG